CUUGUGAUGUUGAGGCAGAGAGUAACAGCAAAGUCUGGUCUCGGUGAUUGCUAAAUACACAAAGAGGCUGAAGGUUUAGCACAACCCGUGACAUUACAUCCCUCCCCUUCCUCUUCUUGUAAUAAUUAUCAUGUGGCAUUGUUGUGAUUGGCUGUCUUUCCCUUCAUUGCUUUUAAUAUUCACUUUGUUCACCUUCCUUUUUCCUUUUCACUAUUCCACCUAUCUCAAACUCAUAGGUCUUACUGGACACCCGCUGGUGGAUAGUGAUGUGGAUGUGGUUGAGGAGAUGGAAGGGGAUGGACCAAGCCUCAAGGUUCCCUCCAUAAUGAGCCACGAUGGGACGGGGCUGACCAGUGAGGUACAGUAUGUGACCACAGAUGAAGCUGGCCGGCCUGUCACUGCCAUGUAUCCACAGUCCAGCUUACCACUGCUGCGCACUGCUGAUGGCAGCUAUGUUAACUUUGUUGAGCUGUCAGCAGUGCCUGGGGAGCUGAGCCUGGACCAGGGCACCCUGGAGGCUGAUGCCAGCAUGGUGGAGUUCACAGCUGUUGUGACAGCUGAUGACACAAGUGAGCAGUUGGCCUUACUAGAUGGUGAUCACGGUCAACCAGCCGUCUCCUUGGCAGGCGGGGAUGAGUCACAGGCCAUCACCUACCUCACAGCAGCAGAGCAUGCUGGUGAAGGGUCACCCUCUGCCAUCUUGGGAGAGCAAUUCAUCCAGAUUCCAGCCAGUGACCAGUCCGGAUCCACCCACACCAUCACACUGCCCCUUUCCUUUCUGAAUGAUGGGACAGGGGUGUCCAUCUUACAAGGCCUUGGCCAGCUGCAGCUGCCUCUGGUGGGUGAGACUAGUGGAGACUCAAUCACUUUGGCUUCCCCUGUGGAGGCUGACCACUUGCAGGCCAGUGAUACACAGGUAUUGUCUGUGCUGCAGCCUGCUUCUGCCUCCACUUCGACACCUUCUGCCCAGCCUCCAAGUCCCCCUAUCCCUCAGCCACCAGUCCCUGAGCAGGAGCCCCGGGUCCAUGUCUCCAAGCCAUUGGUGGUCAAGACCAGUGGCCAGUCUUCAGGGAAGGCAGGUCACCAGCCCCGCAAGCUUAUAGGCUCAGGGCCCUUAGCCAUUUCAGCCCAGGGUGUGCUGCAGAAAAUUGGCAACCGCAUGGUGACAGUGCUACCACGGCCAGAGGACUUGAAGAAGCUACAAGAAAGCAAGUCUCUCAUUGUGAGUGUUAAGGGUUCUGGGGAUGGGGAUGGGACGGGAUCCAGAAGCCCCCGGACAAGGAGAGUGCCGGUGCCUGUGAGGCCACACCAGCGUUAUGGGAGGCGUGGGCGUGGUGGUGCCCGGGGCAGGCCUCCCUCCCUUCCUAGGACUGACCAAAGUGACAAUUCUGUAAAGAGCAUCUCUCUCAUGAAGAAGGAAGCCCCUGAUGACUCCAUCCUGCUGGCAGAAGCAACAGGCAACCCUGACCUGGAUCUCUGCAUCAAGAUGGAGGACCCAGCCACAGAGGGCAUUGUGGUGGACAUGACCCAUCCGGGAGGCUCCCCAGCAUCAGCUGUUUUGGUGAAGGGGCCACCAGAGGAUGAGGAGUUCAUCCUGCCUGACAGGGAGCCACUUGUCCCUGUUGUCUCUCGCCGAGGACGACGCAGGAAGCGAGGGCGAGGCCGGCCCAGGGGCACAUAUGUCAUCUCUUCCAGUGGCAGGAGACCAGGACGGCCCAAGAAGGUGGAGACACUGGUGGAAGGGCCUCAUGGUGCACGCAUGAUUCACACUGGUCCAGACCCUCGCCUUCAGGCACCUGAUGAAGAAUUGCCCAAUAUAGAACUAGCACGGGUGGACAACAAUGAUGGCCUGGAAGAGCUUCGGGUGCUGGAGAUGGGUGCCUUCAAGCAGGAGCCUAUUGAGGAGGACCCACUGAAGUUGAAGCAGGAAGACCUUGACAAGCUUGCGGAGGCCCGCGACCCAGCACGAAGGAGGCUGCCUCCACGACGAAGGGGUGCCAGGUAUGAAAAGAUGAUACAGGCCCUCAAGAAGCCAGAGUAUGAGGAUGAGGACUUGUCAAUGGGAGAGGAGGAGGACGCUUCACCUGACUACCUCACCUCCCGCCGGCCCCCACCUCCUCCACGCCCGCGUGGAACUUCUGGCCCUGGGAAGAGAGGCCGACCCCGGAAACAUUGGCCACCACCACUGGUCAAGCUGGAACCAGAUGCACCACAGCCACAGCAACAGGAGCAGCCACAGCAGCCGCACAUCCUUGGCAGUGCAUUAGACAUGGAGUCUGACCACUUGGAUCCUACUGAUUUCACCCAGGCAGAGAAGCACAACCUGCUCAUCACCUUCCAGCAGCCAGAGACAGGGGAGAUGGUGAUCACUAUGCUGCCUCCACCCCCACCCUCCUCUGCUGCCAACCCCAGUACUGCCUUCACCACCUCCACCUCUACCACCACCACCUCUGUUACCACUCCCAUCAGCACUCAGCCACAGCAGCAGCAGCUUCUUGAUGAUCAUUCUGUGCCAGAUGAGGCUGUUUCAGAAGGGCACAAGUGUGAUCAGUGUGGUGAGGUCAUCCAGUUCAAGCGUGACUACAUCCGUCACCUGCGACAGAAACAUGACCUCCGACCUUACGAAUGUGACCAAUGUGGAAAGACCUUCACUUCCAAUUCAGCACUGGAGGCCCACCACCGUGUCCAUGGACUGGAACGACCUCACCGCUGUGACUACUGUGGCAAGGGUUUCCUGGAUCCGUCCCAUCUCAAAACUCACGUUUUGACUCACACUGGUGAGCGGCCCCACCGGUGCCACCACUGCUUCAAAGCCUUUGCUCAGGCUUCCCAACUGAAGAAACACCUGGCCCUCCACCAGGAUGGCCAUCAGUACCGCUGCUCCACAUGUGGCCGCACCUUUGCCCACCGUGACACUCUGUACACUCAUGUGAAAACCCACACCUCCAGCCGCCCAUUCAUUUGUGACAUCUGCAGCCUUGGGUUUGUCACCAGCAGUGGCCUCAAUCGCCACCGUAAGGUGCAUAAACGCUCCAGUGAAUCUCUAGGUGGCCUGGAGGAUGAAUUUAAGUGCACCGUAUGUCAGGCAAACUUUACCUAUAAGCGCACCCUCACCAAGCACAUGACAGCCGUGCAUGGAGAUGGUCCACCCAUCAAGGAGGAGGAUGAGACAGACACAAAGCCUUUCCAGGGUGAAGUGUCACUUGUGGAGCAGCUUCAGGAACAGCUCAAUGAGGGCUAUGCUCCCAAGACUUCAGAACUUUAUGAUGAACCCAAACAGUCAGAGACUCUAGAGAGUAAGUUUCCCACAAAUCCUUUCAAGUGUGGGAUCUGUGAGGAGUCCUUCACUGAUGUGGAUGUCCUCUGUGAUCAUUACACCAACUCCCAUACAGGAGACCAGGAGGUGUACUGUGAUGUGUGCUCUGUAGGUUGUGCCUCUGAGCAACAGCUGGAGCAGCACAAGCGUCUCCACCUGUUUGAAGAGCAGCAGUCAAUCAUCCACACCAUUCCCACUGAUGAAUUCCCCUUUGUGUGUGCCAUGUGUGGCAAGAGCUUUAGGAAGCACCAGGAGUUUAAGCGGCAUCAUCGCGGCCACACACAGGAGAAAAACUACAAGUGUGACCUUUGUGAUGCUGGCUUCCCCCUUAAGUCAGCAUUAGACAAGCAUGUGCUGGUGCACACUGGUGAGCGCCCCUUCAAGUGUGACAUCUGCCUCAAGAGCUUUAGACAGAGUGCAGCACUGGUGAGGCACAAGCUGUGGACCCACAGACUCAAGAAUCAGAACAAAUGUGAGUUGUGUGGAAAGACUUUCUUUACUCCCACACUCCUCACUUACCACCUAGACAGCCAUGGAGAUGCAGGGCAGUCAGCCAAGAGUCGCCUGGCAGAGCUGGCCGAGGAUGAAGAGCAGCAGCUGCUGGAGCAGCCAGGAGAGGCUGGGGAGGAGGAGGGCAGGUCAGAAGGGAAGGAGGGCAGCCACCACAGCUGUGAAUAUUGUGGUAAAAGCUUUCCUUCAUAUGUCACUCUCCUCACCCACAAAUUGACACACAAGCUCAACGCAUCGUACAAGUGUGAUGUGUGCCAUAGGACCUUUCGAGAAAAGAGGUAUUUGCAAAAACACAAGCUUACCCAUAAAGGAGUCAAGAGCUGGAAGUGUGAUAUCUGCAAGAAAGCUUUUGCCACAAAGCUUACUUUGAUCCGACAUUCCCAUGUCCAUCUGCGGGAAGCCCUGAGGCCUGGCCCUGGUCUGGCCUUGAUCCCUGAAGAGGGAGAAGAGGGUGAGAUGACAGGAGGCAGCACCCUUCCUUCUGUCCUUAAAUGUGAUGAUUGUGGAAUUGACUUUGCCCACAAGAGCCACUAUGUACGUCACAAACUGUUGCACUCAGGCACACCACUCCUCAAGUGUGGUCUUUGCAACAAGUUGUUUGUGCACAAGAGUGACAUCAUCCGCCACAAGGUCAUGCAUUCCUUCAUGUUCACAUGUGACGUGUGUGGACGCAACUUCCAUAAACGAUCACUGUUCUUAAUGCACAAGAGGAAGCAUGUUGAUGACAAACCCUUCAAGUGUCACUGUGGGAAAAGUUUUUCUACCAGUGGCAAUUACAACACCCACAAGCGAAUCCACAGUGGAGAGAAGCCUUACAAGUGUGACAUGUGUGACUACCGCUGCUCCCAGAGUGGUCGCCUGCUCAAGCAUAAGCGGAUGCACAGUGGAGUUAAGCCAUUCCCAUGUGAAACUUGUGGCAAGUAUUUUGCCAAUGCUGAGACUGCAAAGAUUCACAAGAGAAUACACACAGGAGAGCGGCCCUUCAAGUGUGGUAACUGUGGGAAAACUUUCAUUAACAACAGCAGUCUCAACCUGCACAUGCGGGACCACAUCCGUGAGGAAAUGUUCAAGUGUGAUGUCUGCAACCACAAAUUCCGACGGGAGCACCACUUGGAGAAGCAUCGUCAGUUCCACACCAUGGAGCAGCAACAGUACCACAACACCACCAUGGACAUGGAGGCUGAGAGCACUGCUGAGACCCAGCUUUACAUGUGUGAUAUAUGUGGCAGAGUGUUUGACAAGAAGAAGUAUUUGUACACUCACCAAAAUGUUCACUCCAGACAGCGCAACUUCCCGUGUAGCUAUUGUGGGAAGCAGCUGGCCUCCCGCCUCGCCCUCAGGAACCACUACCUGAUCCACACUGGAGAGAUGCCAUACAAGUGUAGCAUGUGCAGCAAGGAGUUCCGCAGUUCCUCCAACCUCAAGCGACAUGAGCGCACACACUCUGGACAGGAAACAACUGAGUUGCACUGUGACACUUGUGAUGAAACCUUCUACAGCACAGAGGAUUUGAAUCAGCACAAGGCAAGUCACAUGCAGGAUAUGAUGAUGGUGAACCCAACAGUGGAAGCGGUGUCUGACAACCCUCACCAUCUGUAUGUAUUUGAGGCUGUAAGGGAGGUGGGGGAGGCCAUUGAUUCCACACCACAACUUUUAGUGGAUAACAACCAGCAGCAAUUUCUGGUGGGUGGUUCUCAACCUCUUCUGGUAUUUCCUGAAGCAACUGCUGCAUCUUAUCCUGAACUUAGCGAAGGGCCUGAUCCUGACCCUGAUCCAGCUGAAGAAGACCCCAGCCGACAGUCUGAUGUGAUCAUGGUGCCAGAGAAGCUAGAAGAGCAGGAAGAGGAGAAGGUAGUGAAGCCCUUCAAAUGUGAGGUAUGCAGCAAAUCCUUUGCCAAGAAGCAGUACCUUACCAAGCAUAAGUAUCGUCACCGUGAGGUCAAGCCCCAUGCCUGUGAUGUGUGCAAUAAACGUUUUGCCCAGAAGUUUGAGGUGGCGGUGCACAAGAUCAAACAUACAGGCGAGCGGCCACAUCAGUGCAAUGUGUGUGGGAAGCCGUUCCGCAGCAAGGUUAACCUCCUGCACCACAAGAUGCGCCACACGGGUGAAUACCCAUUCCUCUGCUCCAUCUGCAACAAAGGCUUCUCUACACAGCUGCAGUUGGAGCGGCAUGUGACAAUGCACACUGGCUCACACCCCUACAAGUGCAGUAUCUGCCAGCGAGGGUACACACAACGCACCAACCUCAUGAAGCAUCUUGCCAAAUCUCAUGACAUCAUUGAUGCCUCUCAGAUUGAUGCCACAAACUCCAUGGAAAAUGCAGAGGCUGUGGAGAACAUGGAGAGUAUGGAAGUGGAGGGAGGAGUGGACACUACUAUCUUGGAGGAGGCAAGGGAUCAAGCUCCUGGAGAGGAGGAGGCUGACCAGGCUGCUAUUGCCAUGGAAGCUGACCUCCUGGGCAAUGAGGAGGAGCAGCAGGCAGCCUACUCUGUAGUGGAGGUGCACCCAGACUACCUGAAGGACUACCUGCUGACUGGCCCACAGGUGGUGGCAACCCAUGACAUGGACCCCAAACUGCUGCAGUCCAUUCUUCAACAGGUCCGUGGUGGUGUGGAGGAGUGCAGCAGCCUCACUGGUGGCCCAGCAGUGGUACAUGUCAAUGCUAUUGAUGAGUGAACUGCACCAACCCUGCUGCCUAAAUAAUACACACACACACACACACACACACACACACACACAUACAAGAUCAUCAUCAUUGAGAGUAAUAUGAGGUAUGUACAAAAGGAAACCAAAUUUGAAGCUAAAGAUAAUUAACUCAUUUCUUUAUUUACAGUCAGAGCAAACUCUGUCUUCAUCGAGGUAUUUUCUUCCAUUGUUAAUGUGUCUCAGAGUUUUAUUUAUUUAUUUUCCCCCUGAAUUCUUGAAGGAUAAUGCAAUAAAGCAUAAGCUUUUUACAGAUUCCUACUUCUUCAGGAACUUGGUGAUACCUAGUGAAGUUAAUUUCAGACCACAGCACGCGUUCUCUGUGUGACUUGUCUAUCAGCAAUAAAAGCUGCCCAGAUUUAGAUUUGUUUUUGAUGGAUGUUCUUUCCACUACUCAUGUUAGUGUUAGUGACAUUGGGUGUAACUCAAACAUUCCUUGUCACAACAUUUGAAACCUCUCUACAGUUUAUUUUAUUUUAUUUUAUUUUUUAUUUAUUUAUUUUUUUUUAUUAUUUUUUUCAGAUUUUAAACAAUUUCAUGCAAGCUCAGUGCUGAUGCUUGUCAAAGUAUUGUUCAACUUGGAACAAGUCAGCAAGGAUACUUAGCAUAAUAAUACUUGUAGGUCAACAACUGGCUGAUCAAACUUGAAGCCCCUAGUGUUAGACUAAAGCUCAAUCCCACUUUAUAGUUGCUAGCAUGCUGUGCUAGCUCACUGAUGCGCUACUUAAAAAAAAUAAAUAAAUAAAAAAAAUAGGCAAAAAAACAUCACAUACCAGAGGUGCAUUAAUUUGUCCAUGCCAUCUGUAGAAAAGUACAUCUGCACUCAUAAUAUAGGUGUAUUCUGUGUACAUAUUGUUAUAUACUAUUUCAUUUAACAUUGUAAGGUUGGAAGUGUCUUUGCAACAUAUGUGCAGACUUUUCCUGUUUUUGCACAGCUGUGAGUGUGUACCUUAUGCUGACCAGCACUUAAGCUUUCCAUGUAAAUAUUGAUGUAUUUAUGUAUAUAACUUUCAUUAUGAUCCUUCUUUAAUGAACGCAUCAAUAGAGUUGUAUUGUAAUUUUUCAUUAAUUAAAAAGCAAUGUCC